CGGCAGGAUGAGCGUAUAAAGGACGCUUCCCACGCCACGCCGGGACUUUGCACUUGAAGGGUACCAUGAGACUUCUGGUCCUGUGGGGACUGCUGCCCCUGUUGGCCUACUCCCACCUUUUGGGACGGACUUCUCCCGAUGAUGACCUGGCUCAGAUCAAGUCGUUGUUGGAGCGCCUCGAGGAGAGCAUGUCCCAGGUGGCCCAGGAAGAAGACUCUGAAUCAGACUACGGUGCAGCCAACCGGGAAGCGGUGUGGGACACGCAGCAGCAGGACCGAGACCGGGACCCCGUGACGCCGGAGCGAGCCUCGCCGCUCUCUGAAGCCCAGAGCCGGGCCAUGAGUCAGAGGAGCCGCCUGAUGGACCUCCUGCUGAGCGCCAGGAAGCGCACGUCAGGCUGCUUCGGCGCCAGGAUGGACCGCAUCGGCAACGCCAGCGGUCUGGGCUGCAACAACGCCAAAGGCUAGUCUGACUCCAUUUCCCUGGAAGACGAGUCACAGCUGGAUGUCAAACAUCUGGAUCACACCUGCUGCUCCUGGCUUCCUGCUUCCUGCUUCCUGCUUCCUGCUCCCAAAUAAAAACUUAUUUUCCGUA